AUGCAACGACAAAAAAUCAAUCAAGCGAUCGCGAAAACAAACCGUCAACAAACACACAAGCAGCAACAACAACCACAUCAACAGGAAACAGGGAAAUUCCACCAAAGCCAUAUGCUAGAAAAAACGAAUGGCAAUGGAAGGAAUGGCGGCAGUUAUGCAAUUACGUCAAUUGAUGCUUCGCCGCCGUCGUCGAGUUACAACAAAAAUAACGGACCUUUGAGUUCGGGCCCGUCGAGUCAUUCGUCGCCAUCUUCGUCGACGUCGCCAUCGUCGAUCCAUUCGUUCAAGGAGAAUUUGAGGAUUUCAUCGACCACAUCGGCAGCAUCUCCCUCGUCGAUUAGCAGUGCCGCAUCGACGGCAGCAGGCAACGGCACGAAAUACGGCGCGUACAAGGGAGAAACGGGCAGUAAUGGUCAAACCACAACUAGUAGUAUUAAUUUCUACGGAAAUAGUGGUAAGAUUAAAAGUAGCUUAGACGAUUCUCUCUCACAAUCUUUUACACCUUCGACAACAAAUAGCAGUAAUAUAUCAUCAUCGUUACGUAAUAAUAAUAAUAAUAACAGUAAAAUAUCAUCUCCUUCUAAAACAAUAUUAGAUACAAAUAGUACAUUGUCAUACACGUCAUUAACGUUAGGUAGAGUCAAUAACGGCAGUAAUUACACUUCGUCGUCCCUAAAUCAAUCAGAGUUGGUAACUGGUAGAGAUAGCAAAAAAUAUGAUUUCAAAUCUGCAACAACUACUGGCACAACAAGUGAGCUCUUACAAAAAUCGUCAUACACAAGCGCCAUCUCGUCAUACAAUUUCUCGUACGCGACAUCUUCUUCGACUUCAGCUUCGACGUCAACUUCCUCCCCUUACACCACGAGUUCUUCCUCCACAGUCGGCAUUUACGGCACACUCCCCAAAACCGCGAAUAGUUUCGUCUUCAGUACGCCCGAUUACCAAAUUUCCUAUUCGCCAAAUGCCUCGGGGACGCAAGCCAGUGUGCAACAAACGAAACCGCCACAGCCGCCAGCACGCCCGCCCCGUCAAACGAAUCCAUUUUUAAAUCCGAAUCCGUUUCUGAACCCACCGUCAGACGAUUCAAAUGGGUCAAAUAACUCGUCGUCGUCGAGCAGUGGCGCCGGAUCGGCGAAAAAAGUCGCCCAACUCGACGAUGAUGAUUUGAAAUAA